CACUCCAGUCACAACCCGGUUAGCCAUGUUCCAGCACAGACUGCAGAUUCUUCUGGCCCUCGGCUGCCUUCUGGCCGUCACUGUCGCGUCGCCGGCGGAGGAGACGGCUCUUCCGGAGCAGGGACUCUUCGGCUUUGUGGAUCGCCGCGCUCGCGAUAUUCCCGCCCAGGCGUACGCCUCUCCAGUGGUCUACAACUCCCAGGCCAGCUACUCGGCCCCAAAGGCCCAAGGUGGCUACGCCGCCCCAGUUGCUCCGGCUCCAGCUCCAAGCUAUUCGGCGCCAGCGGCUCCGGCUCCAAGCUAUUCGGCACCAGCGGCCCCGUCCUACUCGGCCCCCGCUUCUUCUGGAUAUUCAGCACCUAAGGCCUCAUCAUACUCGGCUCCAGCUGCUCCUAGCUACUCGGCACCUGCUGCUCCUAGCUACUCGGCUCCAGCUGCUCCUAGCUAUUCAGCGCCAGCUGCUCCAUCAUACUCAGCUCCAGCGGCUCCCAGCUACUCUGCACCGGCAGCUCCUAGCUACUCAGCUCCUGCUGCUGCUCCAUCGUACUCAGCCCCGGCAGCCCCGUCGUACUCGGCACCCGCAGCUCCAAGCUAUUCGGCCCCGGCAGCUCCUAGCUACUCCGCACCAGCUGCUCCUAGCUAUUCAGCUCCAGCUGCUCCAUCGUAUUCAGCUCCUGCAGCUCCAAGUUACUCAGCACCGGCAGCUGCAGCUCCAUCCUACUCUGCUCCGGCAUCUUCUGGAUAUUCAGCACCCAAGGCCUCAUCAUACUCUGCUCCAGCUGCUCCUAGCUAUUCCGCUCCAGCUGCUCCUAGCUAUUCAGCUCCUGCUGCUCCCAGCUAUUCAGCUCCUGCUGCUCCAUCGUAUUCAGCACCAAAGGCUCCAUCAUACUCGGCUCCAGCGGCUCCCAGCUACUCUGCACCGGCUGCUCCAUCCUACUCAGCUCCUGCUGCUUCUCCAUCGUAUUCAGCUUCAGCUGCACCAGCCUAUUCAGCUCCUGCAGCUCCCAGUUACUCUGCUCCGGCUGCUCCUAGCUAUUCUGCGCCAGCGGCUCCAUCGUACUCGGCUCCUGCCGCCCCAUCCUACUCGGCUCCUGCCGCCCCAUCCUAUUCGGCUCCUGCUGCUCCAUCCUAUUCGGCUCCUGCCGCCCCAUCCUACUCUGCUCCUGCAGCACCAGCUUAUUCCGCACCCGCAGCUCCCAGCUACUCAGCCCCAGCUGCUCCAGCGUAUUCAGCCCCUAAGGCUGCAGCUGCUCCAAGCUACUCGGCACCUGCUGCUCCAUCGUACUCAGCUCCCGCUCCCUCAUCCUCAUCGUACUCAGCUCCUGCUGCCCCAUCUUACUCAGCCCCGGCAGCUCCACCCUAUUCAGCCCCCGCAUCCUCAUCCUCAUCCUAUUCAGCUCCGGCAUCCUCAUCCUAUUCAGCACCAGCAUCUUCAUCCUAUUCCGCACCAAAGGCCUCCUCAUACUCAGCCCCAUCCUCCUCGCCCAGUUAUUCCGCCCCAGCCUCGUCCUCCGGCUACUCAGCUCCCUCGAAGUCCUCCGGCUAUGCUCGCGAUAUGGAUAUGCUGGGAAUGGCCAGGACAGCAGGAGGCUAUGGAUCAGCUGCUCCUUCCUACGGAGGAGUCUCUGUUCCAGCUCCACCCUGCCCCAAGAGCUACGUCUUCAGCUGCCAGAGCGUCUUCAGCCCAGCUCCUUGCAGUCAAGGAUCUGCUUACUAAAAGGACACACGACUAUCACAACGAGUUUAAUAAAAAUAGAAUUGAAUAUUUAUCGGAAAA